AAUAUUGAUACUAGUUUGAUUUUAGGACAAAAACAGCAAAAUAGUUAACUUGAAUUCCCCAAGCAGCCGGGAAAGCCUCUGAAACCCUUUUCCCCUUGCAAACAAAAUUCCCUGCGAUCUUCUGCAACUCCCCCCUUUGCCCCUUCACGUUCUUCUUUCUUCCUUCUCCUCGGUGAAUUCAUAACUUCAACCCAAAUUCAACAUCAUUUUUUCUUGUUUUUAUUGAAUGCGUUGUUUGUAAUUUGGGAUUUCUCUGGGUUUUCCUUUUUCUGUCCUUUUGCAAUUCAAAUAUGUGACAUCUAUCAAUGCAUGCAUAGAUGAUUCACUGCGGUUGUCAAUUUCCAGAAAAGCUCGGCAAAUAUCUUCUUCAAUGGGGGCCUUAACAUGUAGCAGCCGAAAACGUGGUGAUGAUUUUUUCAACUCGAAUUACAAAACCCCACUUUCAGUUUCCUCUAACGUUGACCACAUAUCCAAAAAACCUAGGCUUUCUCCGUCUAUGAACCAAAUCCAAGAUCACCCCUUCUCCAGAAAAUCAAUUGCUGCAAGAAUUUUCAAAUACCCAUCUAAUAUAACUCCCAUAAAAAGAGAAAUUCAUGCUCCUUGUAGACGAUUAAGAAGAGGGUCCAACUUAAAAUCUGACAAAAUGGGGAAUUUUCUAACUCAACAGUAUGAUAGAGCUAAAAGAAGUGCAUUUGAAACGCUGAGGUACGUGAAAAAAGAUAAAGAAGUGAUAAACAUUGAUGAUGAUGAAAUUUGUGAAGAGGGUGUGUCUGAGGAUUCAAGUGUUAAGGAAUUGGGGACUGGGGUUGAUGCAAAAAUGGGUCUUGCUAGUGGGUCGGGUUUGCAAUGGAAGGAGAGUAAUGGGGUUGUUGAAAUCAUGGAUAAUCCUGAUGCUGUUAAGGAUAUGGAUAGGAACUUUCAGGUUUUGAGUUCAUCUGUUGUAACAGUGUCGGAUGGUGGGAUGUUGAAGGUGGAGAAUGCAGAAAAGAUGCUGGAUACAUUAUCUUUGAGUAGCAAGUUUGAUUCUGCUUCUACUUCAUCUUCAGUUCCUCCAUAUAAGAAAUUGCUGGAUUCAGCUGAGAAAAGGAAUGACCAUUUAAAGAGACUGCAGUUUCAUAUAGAGUAUACUGAGAAGCGUCGUGAGACGCAACAUUUGUUAAGGCCUCAGAAGAAAGAAGAAUAUGUUAAGGAGGAUGUGAUUAGAGAACCCUUUAUGCUCCUUGAUGAGGAGGAAGAGGCUGAAGUUUCUCGAGCUUUAUCUAAUUCUAGCAGGAGGAAGGUUUUGGCAAAACAUGAGAACUCCAAUAUUGAUAUUACUGGAGAGAUAUUGCAGUGUUUGAGGCCUGGGGCAUGGUUGAACGACGAGGUCAUUAAUGUGUAUCUUGAGUUACUAAAAGAGAGAGAAAGAAGGGAGCCCAAAAAGUUCUUGAAAUGUCAUUUCUUUAACACAUUCUUUUACAAGAAGUUAAUCAGUAACAAGGGAGGCUAUAACUAUCAAUCUGUGAAAAGAUGGACAUCCCAAAGGAAGCUGGGUUACUGCCUCUUUGAAUGUGACAAAAUUUUUGUCCCUAUCCACAAACAAGUACAUUGGUGCUUAGCUGUCAUCAACAAGAAGGAUGAAAAGUUCCAAUAUCUUGAUUCACUUGGAGGAACAGAUCAGCAAGUAUUGGAAGUGCUGGCUAGGUACUUCAUUGACGAGGUGAAGGACAAGAAUGGGAAAUAUAUUGAUAUUAACUCAUGGAAGCUAGAGUUUGUUGAGGACCUUCCAGAGCAAGAGAAUGGGUUUGACUGUGGUAUGUUCAUGCUCAAGUAUGCUGAUUUCUACAGCAGAGAUAUAGGACUCUGUUUCAGUCAGGAGCACAUGCCAUAUUUCAGGUCGAGGACUGUCAAGGAGAUCUUAAGGUUGAAAGCUGAGUAAAAAGCCUGAACAUGCUCUUUGCUGCAAUUUCAAAUAUCCCGUGUGAGCAAACGGAGUGGACUAUGGAGUUUGUUGGGAUGAUUGAUGUAUUGCUAACAAUUUCCUGAAGGCCUCGUCUGAUUAGUAUAUUUUGUGGUUUGACUGUCUGAUGAAGACAUGAUUUUGUAGGUUGAGGUUUGAAGUGCUUUAGUUGUUCUUAAUUGUUUCCUUUUUAGGUAGGUCUUUAGAAUUCUCAGAUAUAGCAUCCAGCUGUCUUUUGGAGAAAUCUUGGAGCAAUUGAGGAAUUCCUUACUGACCUUUCUCUACUCAUGAAGAUGAACUGGAAAGCAAGCACAAAGUUGUAACUUAUGAAAUUGUUUAUUUCUUCAGUAAAGAGGAAGUUGAAGAUUUCUGUUGUUUGAUCUGCAUAGGCAUGUGUUGCACACUUUGGGGUUACAUUCUCAUCACCAGGAAUGGUUUAUUCAGUUUAUAUGUCGUGUUAUCAA